ACAUAACCUUAAAGAGGCACGUUUUUUAACUGUUCUUCUACUUGUAGAUUAAAUAACCUCUGUUGCUGUGAUUCCAGUUGUUUUAUCUUUCGGUAUAUUAGUUUAAGAUGAGCGUCAGCAAGAUUUAUCAAACUUUCCUGAGGAAGUUCCCAAUCUUGUCUCAGGCCGUCCAGGCGGGAGCUUUGAUGGGAGCGGGCGAUUUCAUAGCGCAGACGGUCGUUGAGAAGCGCCCCAUGAAAGAUUAUAGCCUGCAGAGGACGGCACAGUUCACGUCCAUUGGGUUUUUCAUUGCGGGACCAACACUGACGGUCUGGUACGGGUUUCUGGCUAAGCGCUUCGGAUCCGUUGGUGGUGGAUCCGUGGCUCUGAAGAAGAUGGCCUGCGAUCAGCUGCUUUUCGCUCCUUGUUUCAUAGUGGUCUUCUUGACUGCUCUAGGUCUCGUCCAGCGCAAACCCCUGGAUUCAAUUCAGAAGGACAUCACAAGAGAUUACAAGGAUAUCUUGAUAACAAACUACAAGCUUUGGCCUCCCGUUCAACUCGUGAACUUUUGUUUCGUUCCGCUCCAAUAUCAAGUCCUCCUCGUACAGUUUGUCGCUUUGGUCUGGAACACCUACCUCUCUUGGAAAACUCAAUCGUCGCAUUAGAUUAUUUUAGUUUAGAUUUAAGUUUAAAUUAAAUAUAAAAUAAACAAUAAUCAUUACUUACCCUCCCUCUUGAAUAAUUACUUAGAUAUGCAAUGAGAAUAAAGUAUUUAUG